CUCUAGAGAUCAUCUCUUGUGAUCUCACCUCCUAUCUUUGCUAAGAUGAAGAAGCCUGUAAAUGGAACUUCUUCUUCUGAUGAAACUGAAGAACCGAAUGUCCAACAGCCGGAACAGCCUGAAAGUUCCAGAUCCAAAAGAGGUGGUAAAGGGAAGAUGGUAGAGGUUGAAGGGAAGGCUUCGCUUCACCAACGAAAAAAAGGAGGCAUUAAGAGAAAACGAAAGAUAAAGGCUGGUAACAAUUAUCAAGAGCUGGAAGCACUUGUGACGGAACUGAAAGGUCUAAAAGAUACAAAUGAAGAAUUGGUAAAGGAGAAAGAGAAACUUUUAACUGCUUCGGAGCAGGAGAUUGAGACACUUAAAUCUAACAUUACUGUGCUGGAGAAGGAGAGAGAUAAAUCUAAGGUUACUGCUUUGGAGCUGGAGAUCGAGAGAAUCAAAUCUAAGGAUACUGCUUUGGAGCUGAAGAUCGAGACACAAAACUAUGUGGUUACUACUCUGGAGCAGGGGAUCGAGACACUUAAAUCUAGGGUUACUGCUAAGGAGCAGGGGAUCGAGACACUUAAAUCUGAGGAAACUGCUUUGGAGCAGAGGAUCGAUAGAGUUAAAUCUAAGAUUACUGCUAUGGAGCGGAAGAUCGAGAAACAAAAAAGUUUUAUGGAGAAUAUGUCAAUGGACAUUGACAGUCCAACGGACAUUGACAGUCCGGUGGAUCAUAUGGACAUAGAUUCUGAAGAAGAGACUGAUGCUUUUCCUCUCCCACCUCCCGAAAGACCUGCAAAAAAGGCAUGUUCCCCAACAAGUAGCACUUCUAGCAGCUUCACGUCCAGUACUUGCCAGUCAAUCCGCCAAUUUGCCACAGAACUGGUCACCCAGAAUCAUCUGCUUUCCACUGCUGGGGGUGCUGAAUCGAGGGAGGCCACACAUGACAAGCAAGCCUUGGGUAUAAAGGGCACAACUGAUGUUCUGAAGCUUGAGAAGCAUAUGGAGGCUUGUGUUUCCCGCGCCAUCCAGUUUGCACUGGAGAUAGCCAGAGCACAAAGAGAGUCUAGAGCUGUGAAUGCCAACAAGUACAGUGCCAACCAAGCCAAAGAUACUGCAGAUGACGAUAACUAGGGAGAGGCUGUGGCUGGUCUUGCGCAGAACCGAUAAAUGGCGGCACAAUCCCAGCAAAUACAGGCUUUUAAAAAUAUGUUAUAUGUAGUGAUAAUUUCUUUUUCUAGGGAGGGUUAGUUGUUGGUUAAAACUCCAUUUUGGUUCCUGAACUAUUGUACGGACCUUCGAUUUGGUCCCUAAACUAAAAAAUUCCCUGAUUUGGUCCCUACCGUUUACCAUUUUAAUCCCAAUUUGGUUCUUCCAUUAAAUAUCUGCUUACGUG